AUGGACUCGUCAACGGGAGCAAAGAUUGAGCUGCGCCAGCGUGAGCGCUCCGACAUCCCGAGACUCCUCGACAUCAUAACGGCCGUACACACAGAGACCGGCUACCCGGUAGGCGGCCCAUCCUGUUUCGAAGCCUUCCUAGACCCUCCCCCCGACCAGCUGCUCCACGCCAUCACGGCCGUGCUCAUCACGCCCGCCGACCAACAAGACGCCGACGGUGAACACGCCAUCGCCGGUCACGCGACGAUCAUGUCGCCAGGUGCAGCUGGCUUGCUGAGCCGCUUCUUCGUCGACCCGGCCGCGCAAGCAAGGGGUGUUGGGUCCGGGGUGCUCGAGGCGGCGACCGCAUGGGCGAGGCGGGAGGGCAAGAGGCUCGUUCUCGUGGUGCUCGAGAAGGACGGGGGCGCCAUCAGGCUGUAUGACAGGGCGGGAUGGUUGAGCGACUGGCUGUGGUCUUGGGCGUAUGUAGCCGUGGCAACUCUGCGAAAGUAA